UGCAGGUUUCACUUCGCUCCGCGCAGCCUCCAGGUUCUGAUCUUGUAAGAGCGCUCCGUCCCGCGUCGCCGCCGCCACCACUGCCACCGGAUUUUCGAAGUCGCCCUGCGAUCCCCAGCCCAACUGCGGCCAGCAUUACCGCGGGCUGCUCGCUUCACCCCGCUCCCGCCGCCACCCCCCCUCGGCGCCCCUUCCCUGGCCCUCGUCCCCCCAAUGUCUGACUCUGACUCUCGGACUGAGAAACGCAAGAAAAAAAGACCAAAUGGCAAAGCAACCUUCAGAUGUAAGUUCUGAGUGUGACAGAGAAGGCGGACAAUUGCAGCCUGCUGAGAGACCUCCUCAGCUCAGGCCUGGGGCGCCUACCUCUCUACAGACGGAGCCGCAAGGUAAUCCUGAAGGCGAAGGGGACCGCUGCCCGCAAGGCAGCCCGCAGGGCCCGCUGGCCCCACCAGCCAGCCCCGGGCCUUUUGCUACCAGAUCCCCGCUUUUCAUCUUUGUGAGAAGAUCCUCCCUGCUGUCUCGAUCCUCCAGUGGGUAUUUCUCUUUUGACACAGACAGGAGCCCGGCGCCCAUGAGUUGUGACAAAUCAACACAAACCCCAAGUCCUCCUUGCCAGGCCUUCAACCAUUAUCUCAGUGCAAUGGCAUCCAUGAGGCAGUCUCAGGCUGUACCUGCAGAUAUGCGCCCGGAGAUAUGGAUCGCACAGGAGCUGCGGCGUAUUGGAGACGAAUUUAAUGCAUAUUACCCAAGGAGGGUCUUUUUGAAUAAUUACCAAGCAGCAGAAGCCCACCCCCAAAUGAUUAUCUUACGACUGCUACGUUACAUCGUCCGCCUGGUGUGGCGAUUGCAGUGACGACGGGUUCCUCGUGGAGCCAGAUGUGUGCAGACAUUUCACGCGUUCACACCAGCAGGCCCAACACCGCAGUUUCUGGGUGCCGUUGCCGCACAGCCAGCGGCCCCUUCUCCGAUGGGGCGUGCGGGCAGGCCGGCCGACGCAUUCCUGAGGACGCUGUGCUGCAUGUGGACCGGACCUUUCUGUUCACCACACAGCAGAAUUUCUAAUCGAAGUUUCUUGUGAAUGUAAAUGAGGGAGGAUUCUUUUUUUUAAAAAAAAAAAAAAAGUAAAAAUCAUGGUUCUUUGGAGCAGGAUUUUAUGCAAGAAUGGUGUUUACACAUGGUGUGGGUUUUUUUUUUUCCACCUUCUUUAGUAAGAGCAGGUUUUUCAAAAAGGAAAUGGAAACUUUUUAACCAACUCGUGAAUGAUUUUUGUACUAAAAUUUUAAGAACCUAUUGCCUACUCUCAGAGGAUUAUGUUAACUCUGCAGUGGAAACUGAGCCAGCUAAUUUGUAAAGCUGCCUUAGUUUAUUUUUAGAGAUUACUGUACAGAAUUUUCAAACGGGAGAGGUAUGAUAUGGCCCCCCUCCUUUCCCUGCCAUUGCCUCUUUGACAUACUUUUUUUUUUUUUUUUUUUUUUUUACCAUUAUUAUUAAUACCAAAAAGUUGUUACGACAUAGAACUGAUUAAAGGGGCUGGGGGAUCUGUUACCAGCCUGUAUUGAUACGCCACUCCCGUUUUGUAAAUACUUACUUACCUCCUUAAAUCCAAUUGCAUCUGUGGCAAAAAAAAUUUUUAAGAUUCCCUUCGUGUGUUUUUCCUUAUCUCCUCUUGUGAUGCUCUUCUGGUCUGUCUGGAUGCCGACGCAUGGAUUUGGUCCAGUGUGUGCUCACGAUAAAAGGUAAUCAGGUCAGAACGUGAGUUAGGAUCUGCCCAGAUCACACACACUGGGACGUGCUUGAUGUUGGUCUUCAGUGGUUUUGAUGGGCUCAUCAUUUAGAAGUGUCCCAAGGAAGGUGUCCUAUGCAGUCAUAGCAUAGACAGGUACUGGGCCCCCGGCACCGUUGACUUUUCUAGUUGUGGACUUGCCUAUAGUCACAGGUGCCCUGUCCGCACACGGCGGCAGGUGACCCAGCUCCAGCCCUCUUGGGAAUUGGCGCAGGCCUCGGGGCUUGAGGCGGCUGCUUCCUUCCAGGCUUUUUGUCUAACUCCCAAGUUCUUGUGGCCUUUGAUGCCCGCCGCUUGGUUCCCACCCCUCUAAAUCCAUUUUGAAAUAAAGGCUUAAUUCCGCCUUCAGCGGUGCCAUCCAAAUAACCCCACUGGGGCACAAAUCUGAAGUGGCCUCUCAGCCUUCUGACCAAUAGGUUUGACUUGUUCAUUUCUCUUGGGACAGUUGGGUUUUGUGGGACCGCCCUGUGUGCACCCACCUCCGUUGGGGGUGCUCUUUCUUUCUCCACACCUUCCUGGGAUGGUUGCCGUGAAGGGAGAGCCCAUGAGCUGGUCCGUCAUUUCAAAGGCAGUUAACUGGGAGACCCAAAAUAAAGACCAGGAAGUAGUAAAAGAAGGGAGGUGGCGAUCGUUUCGUGAACCCUAUAUUAACUCUUACAGUUUUUGAAACCUCAGACCAUUAAACAGCUUUUUAAGAGAACUACGUCAAACCCAGUCAGCGGCUCCAACAACUCUUGUUUGCUGUUGGCCCCUAAGAGGACCAGUAUUUUCACAUUAUUAAAUUAAGUGGGGAAAUGCAUUCGUUUGUAUCUUCAUAAUUCUAUAUAAAUAUAUAUAUGUGUGUGUAUCUAUAGCAUAUGCAUUUUUUUUCCUUUAGGUAGAGAUAUUUGAUUCCAAAUAUUCUUCCUCUAGAAUUUUCUUUCCCCCCAGAAGUCUUCUUGGGGUCUUGAAUAUUUUUUUAAGGCUGUGUUGAGUGUCAGCUUGUGUUUCUGAUGUGUCUUGAACCCCUUUGUAGGGUCACGAAGUCCACACAGUUGUAAGGCGGUGGUGGACCUGUUGGACACACACACACCAAAGACAUAUUUGGUUCUGGGCGCCUCCCCCUGACCCAGGACCUCCGUACUCAGUGCCAGUCUCUCCGACUGGAGCACUUUACUCUGUUUCUGCAAUACUGCGGCUCCGCGGGAGCAGGGCCCGAGGGCUGUGUGCUGGCCACAUGUGCAGGUUUACCUCUGGCUUGGUGGCCCCCUGGCCUCCAGGCCGGCCGUGGAAGCCGCUUGUAAGGAGAUGAGAUUCUAUGAAUUGUAGUAUUAAGGAGCGGGAUGUCACACCAGGACUCGAGAGAGGUGACUGGACGUCUCUGUACUGUACGCGUCUGUUUAUCAAGAUGCCUCCCUCCGGAAGGUAUGCCUACUGUGGUAGACCUUGUACUCUUUAUUUUUUAUUUCUCUUACUUUUCGUAGAAAAAAAUGGCUAGAUCCCUUUUUGAAAACUGAAUGCGGGUUUUGUGCCUUGACCAUCUCUUCUCACGUGAGGUUUGUAGAAAGUGUCCUGUGACUUCUCACGGAAAUGCAAUAAACACAUACAAAAUGCUUCCAUGAGUAGUUCUUCUAGUUAGCUGUGCUCCUGCCUAGAAAGGAGUUCACGAGGAACUCUUUCUGGGGCUUGUGGAGAAACCAGGUAAAAAAUCCAUCUGAUCAAAACGAGUGUACACCGUAGAGAACGACUUUCUCCUGUUCCCCCCACCUCUUGAUAUUGUAUAUAUUUUGACUAUUUAUUAGAUUAGGAAGUCACAUUUUACUUAACCAACUGAGCCAAAUGUCUGUGUGCAAUUGUGUUUCCUUUACCUUUCUUGUAAAAUUUUGUACAGCAUAAAUGAGUAAAAAAAUCACUGUUUUUACUAAACUUCUUCAGAACUGAGGAUUGUAAAUAUUGUAGAUUCUUUUUCUGUGUCAUGUGUCCUACUGUUUCAUAAUGCUGUAACUUGUAGAAAUAUUGUAUAUUUAUUUCCUGCUUAUUUAAUGUCUUAAGUUUUGAAAAGUGUUGACCUCCCUGCCCCCCACCCCCACCCCCCUGCUGUACCAUUAAUCGCUUUUUUAACUCUGACAUAGUGACAGCUCAGCUCCUUGGGCCACGCGGUCUUCCCAGGAUGGCCCUCCAGCUUUGGUUCCUGUCAUUUCUGGUCACAUGGGUUUCAAAUUCUCGGGGUUUGCCCUCCUGAUGAUGACAUUUGUGUUUGGCCACCAAUGAGAGACCAUGUGGCAGGCCACCAAAUCCUACAAGAAAUAUCCAAUGACUUUUGAUUUGUUCCAAAAGAGCUUGCUUCUCAUGGAAACAAAUUCUAUUAACACCAGGCCAUCUCUCUCUCUCUUUUUUUUAAUAUAUUAUUGGCAGUUGGAACAGAUUUUUCCAUUGAAAACUUAACCCCUGACAAUUCAGUGUUCAGAGAAAUAGAAACGUGCCCCCUCUGGAGGUGUUGCCCUGGAGGAGGGAGGGACAGGUGACACGGGUGGCUCCUGCCUGGGGAGUGACUCGGGACCACCUUGUGCCACUAACCCCUUUUUGGCAACUGGUGAGUAGUUGAAUCAUCCCCCACGUGCUGCAUCCUACGCUCUGAAGUGUGGACUAAAUGUUCUCCAGGAGCUACCUGUACAGACCCUGCCCCCCCCCCAGCCCUGAGCCGUUCGGUCCCUACAUUUGAUCAGCCUGCUGCUUCAGGCUGUCUUCCUUCUGCUUCUCUGUUGCCUUUGAGAGAGGUUGAGGGCCCAUUAGACUGGAUGUGAAGAUGUGGAAGCUUUAGAGAGACCCUCCUAGUGGUCCCGCGUCCCUGCUGACUUAGCCUGGUGCCUGUGUGUGCCCAGUCUGCACAUGUGUGUGCAGGCAUGUGGCCACAUGUGACGCUAAACCAGCUGAGGUGACUUCCUAUUCUCCAAAUGGCAUUGUAUUCGAGAAGCAUUCCUCAAGCUCCCAGCUAGGUAACUUGACUACUUUUAUUCAGAAAUCAGACUUUAGAAACUCUCCUAAGUUGUAUGUCCAGAUUCUGUGACCACUAGUUACUGUAUCAGAACUCAUCAGGUACAUGUUUAUAAAUAGCACUGAUCCUCCGUCUGUAUACUGACCCAUCACUAACUUGUUUCCUAGGACCCAGCGUAUGUAGCAUUUGUAUUGCAAUUUCCCUGGCUUACUUGUGUUUUGCACUGAUGAAUUUUGACAGGGUAAUUGCCACUUUACUUGUGCAAUACUGCUGUAAAUAACUGCAGAUUUUUUUUUAAGAAACUUAAUCUUUUAUGUUCUUAAUGAAGUUUAUACAAAUAAAACUUUCAACUAGU